AUGGCCGAGUUGACUCAAACUCAUCCCCUACCGAUACCGAAAUGGUCAAAAUCAAAGGGAUCAUUUUGUGUGUCUUCUGUUGAACAAUACGAAGAAUUGGCUGCUUCGGUAGAAUUAACAGUUCAACAACUUAUACAGGCACACAAUUAUAAUACCGUUGGCAAUUUUAUAAGAUUUUAUGAAUCUUAUAGAAAAAGUGGAGAAACAAAAGUUGAAAAUUUUUUCAGAACGUAUAAUCCACCGAUAACACCCGAACAUCAUACCUGCGUCGGAUUAGGUUUGGAAUUACUUAAAAAAUUAAAAUUUUUAGAAAAAAAAUAUCCAGGUUUAAAGGAUAAAUUUUAUUUAGUUUCGUGCGAAGAGGCCAUUGUCGAUGUGAAAGGAUAUACAAAGGCAGAUCCGAAAAUUGACAUUUCUGAAAAGGAACAUGUUUUGGUUGCACUUAAAAUUAAAAUCGGUACACGUUAUGGAAUUUUAUUACUCGAUCCUGGUUAUCACAUUGGUAGAGUGAUAACAAUUAUGAAAGAUCAAUUUUAUCCAAAUACAGGAUGGUUUUUACAAUCUGAUGAAUCCCAAGUACGUAAAGAAUAUUGUUACAUAUUCGCGGAAAAUUCCGAUUAUAUUAAAUGGAUCGACAGAGUGACACGGGAAGGCCUGGAAACAACAUCGGAAAAUAUCAUUUACGUUGCACGCCCUUAUGCGACACCCGUUCAAGUAACCGAACGGCGUAAUUUGGUCUAUAAUUUCAGAUCCUUUUUAGCCAGGGACACGAAAGGUCACCUCGUUGCCGGCCUAUAUUUUCCAAUAAAAGAAAAUGUCAAACCCGUGCUUUUCUAUCAGAACGGAAGGAUAAAAGAAAAAUUUAAUAUUAGUUUAAUUGUAAGUUGUGAAAGGGAAAAAUUCGAAAGGGAUAUUAUUAAUCAUUGCAAUGUUAAAAUGGGACUUUCACCGGGAACCCUUGAAAUUAUUUUAAACAAAAUAAGCAUCAUAAUGUCCGAUCAUAAUUUUGUACAACAAGUUCUCGAUAUAAACAAUAAAGUAGGCGGAAUAUCGGAAGAUAAUUAA